GAAAGAUAAGGUGGAGGAGCACGGAUCACAGUGAGCCUGAUCUGAAGGUGGAGUGAGCCGCUGCUGACAGUGCAGUUUGUCGGAUUAAUUUUUGUACAUUUCUACCUUCAAGACGACGCGAAUCACAGUUACUCCUGCUGGCAUGGCUGAAGGGAGCUGCAGCAGCAGCAAGGGCCGCCACAGCCUCCACAGAGUCAAGUCCUUUGAACUCGAGCGGCUCGAGGUGGACGCGGAGUUCUGCGGCGUGCGUCUGCUGGCCGAGGGGUGGUACGCAAGAGUGUACAGUGCAUACCAUCAUACUUCAGACACGAGACUGGCCCUCAAGUGCAUACAUAAAGAGACAACAAAGAAGAAAGAUUUCUUCCGUGAGAUACACUAUAACUAUUACCUCAGCCCUCACCCCAACAUAAUUAACAGCUUCGACGUGGCCUUCGAUACGGCAACGUCUUAUGUCUUCGCGCAAGAGUUGGCGCCUGAAGGAGAUAUGGCGGCCUUCGUGAAGAAAGGCGGCCUUGGUGAGAUCAAAGCGAAGCGAGUGUCCGAACAGAUAGCCUUCGCCUUGGAGUUCAUGCACAGCAAAGACUUGGUGCACAGAGACGUUAGGCUAGAGAAUAUAUUAGUUUUUGACAAGGACAUGACGCGUGUUAAACUUGGCGACUUUGGCUUGACACAAAGAGCGGGGAAUUUAGUUAAGAAAAUUAACGUUAGAGUCCCAUGGAUGCCUCCUGAGAUCUGCAGAGCAGUUUACAACGAAGGAUACGAGGUCGAGACUUCCCAGGAUGCUUGGCAGUUGGGGGUCCUAAUAUUCGUACUUCUGACAGGAUCUUUCCCAUGGUAUUCUGCCGACAUCACAGACCGUCACUACAACGCUUGGGUCGCUUGGAUCAAACGCAAAACAACAAAAGUUCCCCAAAGAUUUAAAUGUUUUUCUGCUCGACUUCUUCGCCUUCUGCGAAGGCUAUUGGAACCAAAGCCUGAGAAGCGCGCUGAGGUGCAAGAAGUUUACAAAUACGUGUCGGACAUCUGGCUCCUAAAAGGAUCAGACCCGCAGGAUAUCGCUGCCUUUGAUGAAAGUUCAUCAGAAAUCUUCAUUAAUGCUUCCAAAAUGCCUUACGAAAACACCGGUGGUGGUGAACACCUCAUGGACCUCCUGAAGACUUUUGGUGUCAAGACCACAGUGGAUGAAGGGGAGACGACACAGAGGGUGUGUGAGUGGUUGCUCGCUGCCGACACGUCGACCUCCCACCGAGGGAUGUGAGGGUCGGUCACGCUCGACGACCUCAAACAUUUGUCAUCUUUUGAACGGCGCCAGAGAAAUUCGAAAUCUCAGGAGUAACUAUAAUUAUUUUCAGCACGGUUUCUGAACCUAUUAAGAAACAACAACAAGUCGUUUUCUUCAAUUGAUGAGUCAAGAGAUUUCUAAUUAGGAUUUAAAACCCUGAAUAUGUUUUCAUAAAUUGGUGAUUAAAUAAUGAUAUAGAACUAAAAUGAAAAUAAUUUGCCGUAAAGUUCAAAGUAUUUCCAAGAUAUUGGUAAGAAGUUGAGAAACUUUAUCUCAUAUAUCAUGGUGGUUAUUAUAUAGUGCUUUACUAUAUGUCAUAUAUCAUGGUCGUUAUUAGUGAUAUAUGAAGGCACUAAACAUGAAGAACUUGCUAUAUAGUUUAUAGUAUAGUGGAACUCAUAAUGGAGUUCUUGCGUUGACUGUGAUAUUAUAUAUUUACUUGUUUUAUACGAUAUUUUAUAUCGAAUGCGUUUAUUAUAGUGAUAGUUUGAACGUGAUAUUAGCCUAACGAUCAUCACAUAACGCUCUAUAUAUAUCACUGUUAUGUCUGCAGAACCAUCUAAGUCUCAUUACUCUUCUUGAUCAUGGGUCUGAUAAUAACAUAGGUUCAGCAUCAAUACAUUGAUUUUUAGAACAUAAAAGGUAUUUAGAUAAUCUUUAUACCAUUAUCAGCAACCCACUUUUCACUCUGUUCAAUUAAAUAUAAACUACCGUAAGGCUUAAGAAGUCCUGACAUAUUGUACAUAUAAUAUCAUGCACUUUCGUUGUAGCACGACUUUUACUAUAAAAAUUGUUAGUUUUCUUUAAGCAUUGCUAUUUAAUUAACCGAUCUAAAAAAUGUUAAGUCAACAAAGCUAUGAUCUUCGUACGUUGUUCGAUGAAAUGAUUUCACGGUUUAUAUGGAAUGAGUUUGUUCAUCAUUUCUCGUAAGAUAUCAUGAAUGUAUGGUGCCAUGAAUGUAAGGGGAUGUAAGGUAUCAUAAAUUGAUAUUUAUUUUCAUUUCUUCUUAGAAGCCCAUUUAUUGAUAUUUGACUUUUCAGCUGAAAUUUACGUAGGUUGUUUAAGUUUAGGUAGGAAGACAUAUCAAGAUAACUUUGUCGUUAAGUUAAAAAUUUACCUAUUCCCUACAUGUUAUCUACGUUGCCUACUGAAGCCGUAGUAUGAAUGUAGUAAAUGCAGAUAUUCUUAUCGCACAUUUGUAAAUAUUUUCAUUCAUCGUGAAUAUUUUCAUUUUCAUUCAUAGCUCAUAAUAUGAAAUCCUUUGAUCAUAAUCCUUAGUAUCCUGAUAAUAUUAAGCUGAUAAUAGUGAUAAAUAUCCUGAUAAUGUUAUUAUGAAGUUUCUACUGAACGCCGUAGCCAUGCCCGGCAGAGGCAAUAGGAGGUGUGCAAUAUGCAGUUAUAUUACACGAUUUGCAAUACAUCUCAUGAUUA